AUGGCAACUUCAAACCUGGAGAACCAGCUACAGAGUGCCCAGAAGAAUCUGUUGUUUCUCCAGCGAGAACAUGCCAACACAUUGAAAGGCCUGCAUGCUGAGAUUCGACGCCUGCAGCAGCACUGCACAGAUUUAACCUAUGAGCUGACUGUAAAGAGUUCAGACUUGUCAGGAAAUGGUAUUUCAAGAAGUGAUGAACUCAAAAGAAAGUGUGAAGAUCUUGAAGCUCAGCUGAAAGUCAAAGAGGCUGAAAAUAAUGAAUUAUUGAAAGAACUUGAGCAAAAGAAUGCGAUGAUAAUGGUGCUGGAAAACACUAUUAAAGAAAGAGAAAAGAAGUAUUUGGAAGAAUUAAAAAUGAAAAGCCAUAAGCUCAAUAUGUUGUCAAGUGAACUAGAGCAGAGAGCGAGCACUAUUGCUUACUUAACUUCUCAGCUGCAUGCAACUAAGAAGAAGCUGAUGAGUUCAAGUGGGACUUCGGAGGGGACCCCUUCUGGCAGUCCUGUGUUGUCCAACUAUAAGCCGUCCCCUCCCAAAGAUAAACUGCCGGAGACUCCGCGGCGCAGAAUGAAGAAGAGUCUGUCGACACCACUCAACCCCGAGUUUGAAGAGGCCUACAGAAUAGGGUCGGAUAGCCGGAAGCUGCUGUUAAGAGAGCCCGUGGAUGCCAUGCCUGAUCCCACUCCGUUUCUGUUGGCCAGGGAAACGGCAGAAGUACAUCUUAUUAAGGAGAGGCCGUUAGUUAUUCCACCUAUUGCUUCAGAUCGUGCAUCUGGUGAAUCGCACAGCCCAGCCCGAGAGAAGCCGCACAAGGCACACAUUGGGGUGGCGCAUCGCAUCCACCAUGUCGCGCCAUCCCAGCCUCAGCCGGAGGUUGAAACGCUGGCAGUGGAUCAGGUCCAUGGAAGCAAAGCGGUCAGAAAGCACUCAGGGACAGAUAGAACUGUUUGAGUAAAAUCACUGAAAUGCUCUACUCUGUUGCUGUUUAUGCACUGUGAUCCUGUAGGAUAAAUAGCACCUGCAGUAAAGUUUCUUUUGAUGCCCCCUGCAUGCCAAACUUCUUCCAGAUACAUCAUUGAUAGAUUAUGCUCCUCUAAUGAAACCUAAUAGGACUGUGUUCAUAUGGCAAGGUAUAUAACUACUAAAUGCUGUGGCCAAAUCAGGGGUACCUGACUGCUUGCUUCUGAGCACUGCUCCAUUUAUUGUAGCUACACAUGUGGACAAAGGCACAGGCUGCAGGCUGUGUUAUUAAUCAAUAUUAGUGAAAACAAACUUAACUAUAAACCUGCAGCAGUAUGUACUGGCUGUUUGUUAACAUUUGAACUAUCAGUGGUUCUUUUGUCUUCACUGUGUAUGAUGUAAGCACUUCAUACACAAACACUAAUCUCCAUGACAAAGCCUUUCUCACAGUAGCAUUGACAAUAGUGCAGAUGUACGUACACUUUAAAAUGAAC